ACUCGCUCAGACCAUGGCUUCUGGAUUCGGCUACACCGGUGGACGCAGUCGGUGCUUCCCCUUCUGGCAAGACUUCCAGAAGUGCUACGCCGGCGCCGACGCGCCCGAGCAGUGCAUCGCACAGAAGGAGGACUACCUCGAGUGCCUGCACCACACCAAGGAGGUCUCGCGAGCACUGCGCAUCAAGUCCGAGUACCUGCACAAGACGGCCGGCGAGCUCGAGCAGCGCCGCAAGGAGGCAGAGGUGCACGCCGAGGGGGGCAUCCUUGGCCUCGGCCUGUUGAACUCGCAGCAGGCGCAGGCGGGCGCAGGACAGGCGCAGGGGGCGCAGGCGUAGAGCGGGCGAGAGGUCACGCAGGAAUGAGGGUUUUUGAGGUCGGGG